ACCCGUUUGCUGCGACCAAUUGAGUGGCCAUGCAAUCGUUAUCUUCCGAUCGGGAGAAUGCAGCCGACAGAAUACGAAUAUUAACGCGUCUACCCCACAUUUCUUCUACCGAACUCGCCCGUGUGACAUAGCCCCACAUUCUACUACCAUCCCUGGAGCCUGCUGGUGUGGCAGCGAAUCGACACUUGCAUACUAUAUAUAUCAUCCUUAGCAUUGGCAGCUAUGACCAGUUGCGGAGCCACACUUCUUUUCCACGGUGGGUCAUAAUGUCAGACUACCAUCCACCAACCGACCUUGAAGAAGUUGUUAACUCUGAGGUCAAAGAGUGGCACUUCCAUAUCUACUUCCACCAGCGCAACGCUGACCAGCACCAGGCUGCGUUGGAAUUACGCGAUGCUGUCCUGCGUCUAAGGCGUGAUGGAACGUUCGUCGCUGUGCCGUUAUUUCGUGUGAACACCGACCCCAUCGGCCCUCAUCCCGUUGGUAAGUGUCUAUCAUACCCUUCCUGCCUGGAAAGAAAUCAUCUCCAAGUUGGUCCCAGGUUCAUACGAGAUUUGGGUACCUUCGACCUCGUUUCCUCUGUAUUUUCGUUCCUUUGCAUGAACAGGGGUAAUCUAAGCAUACUCAUACACCCGCUGACCCGUGAAGCGAGAAAAGACCAUGAGCUCCGGAAUGCGUGGAUUGGCCCUCCAUUCCCUCUCGAUCUAUCUGCUCUCCCGGUGAAGACUGAAGAGUUACCUGUACAAUAUCCGAGUCUGAAACUAGGCUACUCUGCACCAGAACCUGAGUUUACCCUUGAUCAGCGCCGCCGCAUCGGUGCCAACCUCGAACGCAUCCUGAAGGGCGAGAAGGAAGCUGCCAGGGCUCCCAUGAAUUAAUCAUUUGAGGCAUCUGAGCGAUUGGAGGAGUUGUGGUGAUGUUUUAUGCAUAUAUUUAGUUACGAUGUUUGUAUGUUCUGCGAAUGAACAUGAGCUAUAUAUAUUUGGUGCCGCCGUUC